AUGAAAUUCUCUUCAGUUGUUCUCGCUGUCUUUGCCCUGGUUUCAACCGGCGUGGCCGACAGGGCAUGCACUCCCAGCUUUGACUAUUGCUCCGAUGUGCUACUGAAGGAUAAGGGCUUCACUGAGGCCGAUCUGAAGGAUGCUAUUAAUGGCACCGAUGUGGCAGAUCAGCCAUUGGAGAACAUUCUCUUUCACUGCAAGAAUCCAGGCAUCGUUGGCCACCCGAAGCUCUGCAGCAGUGGAUGCCAGGAUCCCAAGCAGGAGGGCAGCCACGGAUGCGAGGCGUAG